CAACAACCUGCUUAGAAUAGCCUCCCCCUGGAUAAAACAAGCCCAGGAUUGCGGGGACGGGAUCUUAUCCGAAACAGGGCAACAGGUCCCUCGCAUCGCUUUUUAAAAUAUAUAUUUAAGAGAAAAAAAUCCUGCAAAAGGGUUUUUUUUUUAAAUUAGUAUUUUCUAUUUGUUUAUUUUGUAUUAUUUUUGCCUCUAAAAUGAUGCAAAUUGCUGGCGCGCUGUCUACAGAGAGCCCUGCGAAGGGUCUUCCAGAGGUGCUUGGAGUGCCAAUGCAACAGAUCCCACAGUGUGCGGGCUGCAACCAACACAUCCUGGACAAGUUCAUCCUGAAGGUGCUGGACCGUCACUGGCAUGGCAAGUGCUUGAAGUGCGCUGACUGCCAAGCGCUGCUGGCAGACAAGUGUUUCUCACGGGCGGGGAAUGUCUACUGCAAAGAGGAUUUCUUUAACAUCGAGCAAAGGGGGACUCUAAUACCUGGGGGACAAGAACCCAAGAUGGAGGCGAGGGCUGCUGGCUUUAGUGUUGCCCCUGAAGAAGUGGGGGUGACCCAAGCGAGGGACUUUUCAAAGUUAUAUACAAGGCGUUUUGGGACGAAGUGUGCCUCCUGCCAACAGGGGAUCCCCCCCACACAGGUUGUGCGGAAAGCCCAGGACUUCGUUUACCACCUGCACUGCUUUGCAUGCGUCAUGUGCAACCGCCAGCUGGCCACAGGAGAUGAAUUCUACCUCAUGGAGGACGGGAGGCUGGUGUGUAAAGAAGACUACGAGACGGCCAAGCAGAAUGAUGAUUCUGAGGCAGGAGCCAAGAGGCCGCGGACAACGAUCACCGCCAAGCAGCUGGAGACGUUAAAGAGCGCGUACAAGAACUCCCCGAAGCCUGCGCGCCACAUCCGGGAGCAGCUGUCCUCCGAGACAGGGCUGGACAUGAGGGUGGUGCAGGUUUGGUUCCAGAACCGGCGGGCGAAGGAGAAGCGCUUGAAGAAGGACGCAGGCCGGCACCGCUGGGGGCAGUUCUACAAGAACGUGAAGCGCAGCCGUGGAGCCAACAAGCACGAGAAGGAGAGCUCGGCUGAGGACGGGGGGCUCAGUGACAGCGAGCUCAGUUUCAGAGAAGAGCAGAUUCUCUCCGACCUCGGGCACUCGAACGGUGUGUUCGGUGGUGUGGGGGAGGUGGGCAGUGGGACCCUGUUGAAUGGCAGCUUCCCGGUAGACGGCACAGGACCCCCUUACCAUGACCUUCGGGCUGGCAGCCCCUACGGCAUCCCCCAGUCUCCCUCCUCCAUCGCUCACACCCCCCUGCUCAACAGCCUGGGCUUCUCCAUGGACAGUCUCCUCGCCCAGGGGGGGCAGGGGGUGAGCCAAGCGCUGAGGGCUAUGGCAGGGGGUCCCACCUCCGACCUGUCCACAGGCAGCAGCACGGGCUACCCAGACUUUCCAACCAGCCCGGCCUCCUGGCUUGACGAGAUGGACCACUCGCAGUUCUAGAGCCCCCCUCCCCCCUCCCUCCCUCCUUCCUCCUCCCUCCUCGCUAAACACAAAGACUUUCUGAGAAGGUAAUGAGUUCCUGUCAUUUUUCAAUGGCGAUUCGGGGCCGGAAGUGCAGCACUUUUAAGAAACCGUUCCUCAGAUUUCACUUGUUAUUGUUUUGAACCAUGUUAAAGGCUUUCAAAUUUAUGUGGUUUUUAUUUUGCAACAUUGUCACUACUGCCCCUCUCACCUCUUUUCUUGAAGAUAUUUUCACUUUGUUUUAAUGAAAUAUUUCAAACUCAGCAUUCUAAGGUAAAACUAUACGUAACAAAGUAGACACACGAUUCAGUUAGUGCCUUGUACGUCGUGUACGCUGAACCGUUUGUUACUUUUACCAAAUACAAGACUUUAGAUUAAAGGAGUUGCUUCUUCCUGGUCCAAAUCACUUCCUGUGGUCUGACCUUAUAGCACCAGCGAGUACUAUAAGUGAGUAGUGUUUUCAUCUUUCUUUAAAAAUCCCAAACAGACAAACAGUGGAAGGAGGGCCCGUGAUGUACUGAAUGACAUUCAUAUUGUACUAGACCAGGGCGAUUUGCACUUGGGAGUAUGUGCGCCCUGUUCAAGCAUUUGAUAAGAUGUAUAGUACAUAAACAUUUAUAAUGUGUCCUAACAAACCAUCCCACCAGGCUGCCACACUGGAUCAAAAAUAAAAGCUACAAAUUCCCCACGAGUGAGUGUUAUACCUUCCAGUUCUCAAUGCCACAGAGACACUGCGAAUUCUUCGGCAGCGCUCCUAAGAAGAGCCAGUUAUCAAGACACUCAGAAAGAUUAAACCACGACCAGCAACAAGCAGCAAGCCAGUGUCCGGGAGAGCUGUCUACCACAGUCUGUCUCAGUCAUCAUGAGUUAUGUACUAGCUGUCAAUGCCCCUCAGGAGCUAUUUGUUGUAUUGACUUGAUUUUUAUUUCCAAUCCAAUAGACUACGGUUUUACUACAAUUGCUUCAAAUGGUCUGAAUAGAUUUUCUUUGCUUUUAGUGAGCGGAUUAGCUUCAACGUAAAGGUGUGUUGAGUCGAUGCGCAACAUUUUUUUUUUUUAAAUUUAGUUGCCAAUUAUUAUUAUUAAUUCCGCCCCAAUUUAGUCGUGCCCAAUUAUUUUUAGUAUGCGCCACUCGGGAGUCUCCAAGUUGUAACAUUUUUGCACCCAGACUCACAUUGUAUUACCUCUCAUUCGCAUAACAUUCUUCUAUGUCCAUUGCUACGUUUUCCAUAUAUCUAGAAAAGCGGUUAUGUGAUAAAACUUGGUGAGGACAUUCUUUCGCACGUUAUUGAGAGUAUCUGAAUCUUUGGAUAUAUGGGGAAGUCUGUCCGUCUGCCACAGUUACAUUUUUUACAUGUGGAUGUAGGUCAUGGGUUUGCACUCAGUACCUGUGGGGACCUAACAUUGGCUGCAUUGGAAGCAAGUGUGGUGGCAAAACAAACAGAACAUACAGAAGAAUGUUAUGCAGAUGAGAAGAACAUAUUUUUUUCAAGCCUUCCUUAUUACAUAAUUGAAAAGCAAAUAUAAUCGCACAGUUUAGCUAUCGUUUAUCCUGUAAGUAUUGUUCAAAUCUCAAUUGAUUUAAGUGGAAACAUGUUUUCCCUGACCAGCUCCAAUAUCUGUGGCGCCUCUCCUAAUUGCCUGUGGUCUUCUCUCAGCUAACUGCCAUCUACACUGCUUUCUCAUCAGCUGCCAAGCAGAGCCUUUACUGCAAUCAAACCUUUCUACAGGAGCUGGACAAACAAAUAUAAACACCUGCCAUUACACUGCCAAUAGGUUGCAGGGCACUAUGGGCAGCGACAAUGGAAGAGAUUCAGUGUGGCAGUCCUUGAAUACCAGGCUCAGAUUCUUUGUCUGGUAUUCAUCACCUAUGAGACCUGACCUACAUCCAGACUAUUGUGGAGGUGAAGCUUGUGUAUAGUAAAGGACAUGUGUUCAUUGAUUCCAUUUGCAGAAUUAAUUAGUCAAGUGUGUGCUAUAUAAUGCAGCUGAUUCCAAUUCUUUUUCCAACCCCAGUAUGACAUCCUCAUCAUGUUUCAGUUUAUUUUACUCAACUGAAGACACACUCAAUGAACUCACAGUAGACCACUCUGCUCUUUUCUCAUUGAAAGUCAGUCUACACAGACAGGAUACAUUGUGUAUUUCCACAAAAGGGAUGGUUUUGUAUGGGGAGUUAUUGAGGAUGUAAAAAAAGUCAAACAACCUCUCACUUUUAAUUCCUGUUCAGGACUCUUUGUUAUUGGUAUCCACUAUCUAGUGAUCCUGAAAUAAUUACCUUGUAAUCUCGACAACAAGUGUGGUUGUGCCCCAUAUAAUGUGCUAUAUGAUCCACUGGCUAAAUGGAAAGACAGGGUAUUGAAAAUUCAAAGUGAUGAGUUACGAUGAAUACCCCCUUUCAGUUCAAACUUUGUUGCCUCAAAACAUUGGAAUCUUAAUUGUUGUAAAUUUUGUAGUUUCAAAGGUGGAGUCUUGUAUCAUGAACACUAUUUAUUGCCAUGUGUCUUUAAACAAAACUAAAGGCAGUGAGUCUGUUAUUUGUAUAUGCCUUCUGUGCGUUGGCAUGAAAUGUGUACAGUGAAAUCUAUAUUAAAAAUAAAGUUGACAUGUCUUUGGAAA